UUUAUACCCAACUUACGGGGGUCGUCUGGACGCUAGCAAGACAUUUGACGGUGGGGAGUGGAUCACUGAUCAAUAAUUAGGAAUUCCACGUGGGUUCAAGGGAACAUCAGCCAUGGAAAACAAAGAGCAGGGCGGGGCUGGAGCUGGGGAUGGCCAAACCGAACGCAAGUGUGGCAUGGACAUGAGCUAUGUCAAAUCCAUCAAUGGUGUGCUCAAAGCCAAGAUGAUGGGUUGGUCCCUCAUUGCCUUCAUACUGUGCAUAGCUGCAGGCCCCUCGAUCACUAGCAUCUUCUUCGGGGUCGUUAUAUUCUGCGGUCUGUUCUUGAGCGUGGGUCUCUUCAUCGUCUUUGCAUUUUCAAAGGACAGGAACAUCACAAGGAUAAACAUUUAUUUAUUCGAUUUUCUGGUCAGCGUUAUUGGAACAAUAGCCUACUUUAUUGUUUGUAUGGCGUCUGUCUUCAACAUUCUAGAACCCCCUAUGAUUGCAGCUGCUAUCUUUGGCUUCAUCGCUAUGGUCUCGUUUGGGGCCAGCAUUUGGUUCAACUUCAAGCGGUGGCGUGAGUUUAAACCCCGAGCCAGCGGCACCAACGAAACUUACGAUACCAAUUAUUAAAAAAACAGAAAGGUGAAGGUGGGAUUAAAGUUCACAGUGGAUCUUUUGUUUUCAUCCAAAUCUGUCCUAAUCCAAUGCUAAGCACAGAAAAAAUUGGUUCAGCAAUAACAUGUUACCAACCAAAAUGUCAUGGGCUGUUUAUUUCCUACCACUGGUUCCCUGCUGAUGGUUGCUUGGUGCAUAAAUUGGCUAACUGGUAUUUCUUUACGCAGUGGCAUAGCUUCACUUGCGUUGUGACACGUUUCACAUAAAUUGUGACACGUUUCACAUAAGUUGUGCUCACUGUAAGUCUGAGACCCGAACAUCAAAUUACAGCUUAACUUGUGCUAUCAUUUUAGGUAGCAUAACUUGCAAAUAGAAAAAUCUAUUCUCAUCAUCAUUCAAGCCAACAAGGUUUGUAUAAGAAAUGAAGAACUUUUUUUAAAUAAUGAAGAACUUGUUUAGCUGAGAUUGAACUCCAGAUUUUCUGCACAGUUCCAACAAAAAUUGAAUGGAAAUAUUUCAAAAUGAUAGGCAGAACUACUUUAACAAUGGUUUAAAUGGGCGAUUCACAAUAGUGCGCCUCCAAGAGUUUGCAACCCGUUGACCAAUCACAAUGCACAAAAUCUGUAGAUGAUUGGUCAACGCGUAGCAAACUCUUGGAGGCGCACUAUUGUGAAAUGCCCGUAUUGUUGCUGUAACCAAGGAGGAAUAGGUAGUUUUAAUCCUUCAUGCUGUAACAUUGAAAAGGAAAUGCUGGCACAAAAGCUAUCCUCAUCCAAGACAUUUCGAGUAGCUAAGCACCUUUUUGUGAAAUCGACCACAAUUAUGUCACACCGCCGUGCCACCAAUUACCCAUGGCUUAUCCGCAGUGUGAAGUUGUGCUAAGUUUGAUGAAAUCAGUGGCUGGUUUUGCCUGGUAUGUACUGAGGGUAUGGGUCCAGACAUCAGAUUUUACAUUUGUGAUUGGCCGAUCCAUCCAAGUUUGGAUGAUACUACAAAGAGUGUGUGUCCCAUGUGCUUGCUGUGAUGGAAGAGUACCGAAGGAUCCCAGCAAAACUGGCCGGGGUUAAGGUUGUCCGAGGUGUGGGCAAAUGUAGUUUUCAUUUUUGGUUUAGUACACGACUAAAUUCCCAUCAUGUCAUUGGUGGUUCAUUAAUCACUUGUCACUGACUAAUCCAUCCUAACACAUGGCAUGACCAUGCCUCGACAAUGGAACUUCUAUUCAACAAUGAAUGGAACUUUUAUGCGGCGUCCACAAGAGAUUUCUGAACGUGUGGGUGAUGCAGGGACUUAUUCUGACGGGGAUUUAUUUAGAUGAUACAGGUUUUUUUCCCCAGGAUUUUUUCAAGCAUGGGAUGAAACAAAUACAAGUCGAGUUUCAUAUUUGCAAAGUGUAAAGAAUAACUUCGUUUGGUGAUGAUGGAAUUUUCCAAUUCACAGAACUUGGCCCAGUAUUCUGACCAUUGCACUCAUAAAUAUUCAUUAUUUGCAUAUUGUAAGCUAGGUUAGAAAUGACGUGUUUUCCUUUUUUUUUGUUGAAUGUCUCUUGUGCUAUUGGGUAGAUCUUACAUUUCAGUAAAAUUUGUAUGUCGUUUGCUAAUAAUGUUAUCCCUCUUGCCUACACACAAACUUUCCACAUUUACAUAGAAUACGUGAAAAAUAUCAUUUUAUGUUACAGUAUCAGCAAAAGUAAUCAACAAAUUGCUGAAAGAUGUUUGGAAGUCUUUCUGAUCUGAGUUUACAACUGUAAAAAAAAUCAAGGGAACAGGAUCUACUGUGUCAUCUGUAGAGGGCGCUGUUAUACUUACUAUGUCACACUGAUCUCCAUAAAAAAGAGAAAUUCCAUUGGCUGUUAGCAGUAAGGUCACUGCCAAUCCCAAUUACCAAAUGAAAAGAUGUCCUCCCUUGACUAAACACACAUGUAAUAUAGUUUGGCACAUCCUGUUCUCCACAUUUAUUGAGGCAGAAAAGAAGCCCUUAAAAUCAGGCAUUGGAAAAUUGGGAACAAAAUGGACAUGAAGCCCUGUACUGGUUUAAGAAGUGAUACCAAGUUUCUAGAUUCUGUUCCUGAAAGAGUUAUUUAUUGUCAAUUUAUUUUUCAGACUGUUUCAGUUUCCUUAAAAGUAUGGUUCAGCAGGGUUCUAAAGUUAUUUUGAACAGUGGAGGGGGUGGAGGUGUCUCCAGAGCUUUGUUUUGAUUUUCUGAAAACCAGUGACCCAAUACACACCUAUAUCUUGAACUAUGACUAGCUCUGAUAAAAUCAUACAUCUCAGUCCUGUGGUGCAAAUGAGGGGGGCUUGAGCAUCUCGAGCCACUUCCGGGGGGGGGGGUUUGAAUUCUGAUCCCAAUCUCCUCCCUCCAACAAAUCCAGGGUGUGCUACCUAUUUUGGACAAAUGAGAAACACUCUCGGUGAAUUCAGAAACAAGGUGUCCCGUGACGGUGAAUGAAGUAUACAGUGUAUCAAGGCAUUCAUUCAUUCAUUCAAAUUGGUUUAUUAAUAAUCAUGCCUCGCAGCGUCAGCUGAAUUGAACAUGAUUUACAAAGUUUAAAACAUCACAAACUAUAAACAAUUAAACAUUAUUAAAAAAAAAAAAAACACCAUGCACAGGGUAGAAUUAGAAAUCUGAACAGGUGGCAUAGAAUUAUGGAUGGUUCAACUUGGAAUUGAAUGCCUCAUUGAAAGAAAGGCCCAGCUCCACCAUUUCGGCCUAGGAGGGUUAAUUGAUAUCCUUUGCAACUCCUUCAAAAAUUUUCAGUUUUAUCUUUUGAACUCAAAAAGGCUUUGUUGGAGUUGGGCCCUUCUUUUGAUUAGGUAUUCAAUUGUGUAUUUUCAUAAGUUUCAUAAAUUACGUGUAAAUAAUAUUCUGAAGUUUAUACAUUAUUUUCAAGAAGCAGUCCUUCGGGGAAUCAUGGUGAUGGUGCAUUACCUCAGGAUGUGAGCAGGGUAGUUCAACCAGGGUCAGGUUGCUCGGGUGGGCAAUAUUUUUGGCCGCUUUUUAUAGAGGUAUGCUGAGUAGGUUUGUCCAUAGUUUUGAACAAGACUGUAGACUGGGGAAUCCUAGGCAGAAGCCAUUUGACAUCAAUUAUUAUUUUUUUUUGCACAGCAUUACUGGCAGUUUUUGGUAAAGCUAAUUCUACAGGUAGUCAUUGCCUAAAGAGAAUAUUUAUUCUCCUCAAAGGCUGAAUAUAUUGGACUGGCUGAACCUCCCAGCUGAGCUGAAAGAAUGCAGAAUCAGAAAUUGAAUUUUGUGCAAAGAAUUUUCCCAUUUCUUUUUUUUCCUGAUCUGGUUUGUGGUCAUUCAUUGUUUGUGAAGGGCAGCAUUUUUUGCCGUCACAUUCACUUGGAAUCUUGGCCAUUGGAAUGCAAAUUUUUAGAAACUGAGAGAAUAGACACAAAUCAAAUACUAUGAUUUUAAAAAAUUUCCCCUUUUGGUUAGUCAGUGUGGAGAAUUCAGGUUAGUCUUUUGAGGUGGGAUGAUCUGUAUUAGUUAUAUUGUAUUUAUGUAUUUUUUCUAAGCACUUUCAAGUACAAUACUGAUAUAUUAUGAAAAGUGCAUGAGAUUCUGUGACUUAUGUUGUCAUGUUUGUGUAAUCUUAAAGUAAAUAUAAUACAACAAAGUACAUAGAACUGUCAUUGUUAGAGAAGGUAUAUUUUUAGACUGGAAAUCAAGACAGUUUUAGUAAUUUUUUAAAGCUUUGGUGAAAGGAAGGAAUCGUCACCUAAGAAUCUUUGGUUUUGAAAUUAAUCAUGGCGAAGAAAGCACUCGAUAUUCUUUGAAGUGGAAAUUCAUUCACCUCGGUGGUUUUGUAAAAGUAUCUUUGUGUAGUAUCUGAUGUCACAGUCUUGUGUGCUAUUCUUCAGUCAUUUUGUAGAUGGAGUCAUGUUAGAAGCUACCCUGAAGUAAUUAACCUGCGAGUUGGUGUCACAUGGUUCUUACUGCAAUUCCUAUGCCGUAGUUGAAAUUUAGGGCAAGACUUAACUUGUACCACUGCCAUAUGUGCUUAUAGGCAGUGUUUUAGUCCAGACCAGUCACAAGACCAGUCACAAGACCAAUCACAAGACCAGUCACAAGACCAGUCACAAACACUGUACAAAACAGGGGAACAGUGACAAAGGAAUUCUUUUGUUGCAGUUCAUUUGAGUAGUUUGUGACUUGAAUUCAAGACUUCAGGUCUCAGGUAUCUUGUGAUAGUCUUGAGGGGCUGGUAGGUACAUGUAACGAGCUGGGGAACUGAACUCAAAUGGACAUACCUUUAUUUUUUUAGAGGGGGCACUUGGUGCAUUUUUGUGAAAAAAAUUGUCAAAAUUACUUCAUAGCACCCUGCAUCGAGACUAACUUCUUUAAAUGUACAAUUAUGAGAGAAAAUAAUUUAAAAAUGAGGAAUAUUGACAUGUCAUUGACAAUUAAUAGUGGUUCCUUUUUUACCUGGUAAAUUAAACCCUCACACUGUUCUUCCAGUUUUUUUUA